AUGCAGCCACUGUCCGGGAUUCGAGUACUCAGCGUGACGGUCUACCUGGCGGGGCCGUUCGCCUCGAUGAGCCUGGCCCGGCUUGGGGCGGAGGUCAUCAAGGUGGAGAUCCCGGGCCGUGGCGAUCCGGGAACUCACCCCCGCCGCAACUCCGACGAGGACAUCUCCACGCGAUUCCUCAAGCGAACGCAGGGUGUCAAGAGCGUUACGCUGGACCUGAAGACCGAACGUGGCAGGGAGCUCUUCCUCGAGCUGGCCAAGCAGAGCGACGUGGUUUUGGAGAACCUGGCCCCCGGUUCACUCCGGCGCGCCGGUCUUGGUUACGAGGAAGUGGCCGCAGUCAACCCGGGUAUCGUUUAUGCCUCCAUCUCUGGUUAUGGCCAGACCGGUCCGUAUAAGGACAAGCCAGCCCACGAUCCCCAGAUCCAGGGCAUGAGUGGGCUGAUGGAUAUAAACGGCGAGGCCGACGGCCCGCGGUCAAGACUAAAGCACGCCUUUGCCGACCUUUGCGGCGCUCUGCACGCCGUCUAUGCGAUUACAUCGGCUCUGCACCAGCGACGGCGCACCGGCCUGGGUCAGUACAUCGACAUUUCCAUGCUCCGGGCAACGGUUGCCACGAUGGGGGCUGGCCUGAUGGAAUAUGAACUCACUGGCCGGGUUCCUCAUCCGAGAGGCAACUACGAUCCGGUUAUGGCUCCCUAUGGCAACUACCCAUGCCUUGGUGAAGACGAGUGGGUCUCCAUCGCGGUGCGUACCGAGGAAGAAUGGCGAGGGCUGGUGAAAGCGAUAGAUAACCCAGACUGGGCCGUUGAGGAGAAUUUCGCCAGCCGUUACGCCCGCCUCGGGAACCGGGGAGAACUGGAUGAACGGCUGUCGGAGUGGACCCGGGGCCGCUCCGCUUGGGAGGCCACAGAGCUGCUGCAGUCCUGCGGCGUGGCCGCCUUCCCGGUGCUGGGCGCUGAGGGAAGACUCUUCAACCCGCAUUUUCGUGAACGUGGCCUGUAUUCUGACAUUGAGCACCCGGCGCUGGGCUCGGAGCCCGUCUUCAACCUGAUGUGGCAGCUGAGCCGCACGCCGCCAAGCAUACAGCGCCACGCGCCGCUGCUCGGCGAACACAACCGCGAUGUCUUCUGUGGCCUGCUUGGCUUGGAUGAGGCGGAACUGUCGCGGCUGGAAGAAGAGCAAGUAAUCUGGUAG